UAUUUAAAAGCUCGAACAAAAUCAUGAUUCUAAUCAUAAUACCAAGUUAUAUUGGUAGAUACAAGUUACAAAAAAGUUAAUCAUGAUCGGACUUAUUUGUUUGAUUAUUGUUAAUUCAAUUUUCCAAUGUUCGGGAAAAAUUAUUUCCUUGAAUUCUAGUGAUUGGAAUCUAAAAGAUGAUUCUGGACAAUAUGUAAUCGAUGGCGCUACUGUUCCUGGUGGAUUGUAUACAGAGCUUGUUGAUCAUGGAAUCAUUGGUGAUCCAAACUAUGGUUAUGAUGAUUACAACCAACGUGUUUGGUCCAAGAAAUUGUGGACAUGGACAAGAAAUUUCGAUGUCAGCAGUGAUGAUCUUAAAUCUUCCAAUGAAAUUUACCUCGUUGCUCAUGGUAUUGACACUGUUUCAAAGGUCUACAUCAAUGAUCAAGUUGUUGGGGACACCAACAAUAUGUUCAGACGAUAUCGAUUCAAGGUUAAUGAUAAACUAAAGGCUGGCUCAAACAGUAUCAAGAUUGAGGUAUACAAUCCCUACGCUUAUGCUCAAGAGCAAUACAAUAAAUUCAAGGGUCAAUAUGGUUACGAUAUGGUUCCUCAAUGUUUCCCUGAUGGUUCAGAUUAUGGUGAAUGUCAUGCUAGCUUUAUCCGAAAGAUGAUGUGGGGAUGGGGACCUGCUUUCCGUACCAGUGGUAUUUACUUGCCUGUUGAAAUUGAGAUUAUCGAAUCCACAAAUAAAUUGGAAAACUUCUGGACUACAAUUACAUCAUUAGAUGAAAAUAAAUGGUCUGUUGACUUGAGUUUAGCUUUAUCUCGACCAGAGUCUGGUAAACAAGUCAAUGUUGAAGUUACCCUUUCAACUAAUGAUCCCAACUACGAAAAGGAGUUGACUAUUUACAGUGGAUCCAUCAAUACUGAUUCAUCUACCGAUACUUAUCGUAUUUCUAGCAUUCCUGUUGAAAAAUCUCGUGUUGGUAAAUGGUGGCCAAAUGGAGCUACAUAUGUGCAAAACAAUCAAAUUGUAGCUCGACCUCGUACCUUGUACAAUGUUAAAGUUACUCUUAAGCCAUCAGAUGGAUCUAAGCAACAAUCAAUGGUAAAAAGAACUGGAUUCAGGGAAAUUAAAUUGAUCCAAGAGAUUCCAAAGGUAGAUGGAAAAGAUUACCCUGGACUUUCAUUCCGAUUCGAAGUAAAUGGAGAACCUUUCUAUAUCAAGGGAUCUAACUUCUACCCAACAUCAGUCCACACUGAGAAUGAAAACCGAGACAAGGAUUACGUUAAGAAGACUUUACAAGCCGCUUUGGCUCAUCAUCCAAGUAUUGCUAUCUGGUCUGGAAGCAACGAAAAUGAAUUGGCCAUUGGUACACAUUGGUGGUGGCCCAGAUUGGAAGAUAAAUACUCAACCUAUGUUGAAGACUUUAAGAAGUUGUACACAGAAACCAUAAAAACAAUUGUUUUUAAAUAUGACACCACUCGUCCAUAUGUUGUUUCAAGUCCAUCCAAUGGAGCUUUCACUGAACAAAAUGGAGGUUUCUCGAGUAACGCUGAUGAUCAUUUCUAUGGUGAUAUUCACUUCUAUUACCAUGAAGCUGAUGCUUGGGAACAAAAGAAUUACCCUGCUGCUCGAUUCAUCUCAGAAUUUGGUUUCGAAUCAUUGCCAUCUUAUGAAUCGUAUGCUACAUCAGUUCCCGAAUCCGAGCUUGUCUAUCCUUUCAGUGGAUGGUUAGAGCAUCGAGCUAGUGGUGAUCGUCUUAAGGAAAUUGAGACAAUGGUUGACUAUUAUAUGGGAAAACCAACUGAAACUGGUAAAAAUGGUUAUCUCAAGAUGACUUAUUUAUCUCAAAUUCUUCAAGCUGUUGCUAAUAAGCGUGAAAUGGAAUUUUUCCUUCGAAAUCGUGAAAUCAAUACUGCUGAUGGAUCUGGGUUUACUUGGGGUGCCAUGUAUUGGAUCUUCAAUGAUAUUUGGGUUGCUUCUGGUUGGUCAACCAUUGAAUUUGGAACUGCUAAAUGGAAGAUGGCUCAAUAUUUCCUCAGAGAUUCAUACAAGCCUGUAUUUGGACAACUUUAUACAGAAAAUGAUCAAUUGAAAGCUGUUAUUAAUAACGAUGUUUCUGGUAAAGUCAACGUUGCCGUUACUAUUAAUGUUCAUCAACUUGAUUCAUUCAACAAACAAACAAUUGCAGACCAAACUAAUGAUGUUGACAGUUUCAAAGCCACCGUGGUUUAUGAUAAAAAAUUGAGUGAAGCUGUUAGUUCUGAUUUGAAGAACUGUGUUGUUGAACUUAAAUACAACACUGUCCAAUCAUCAGUAGCUGAUUUCAAUUCUGGUGAAAAUUUCCUUCUAUUGGCCAAGCCCAAGGAAUUGAACCUUAAACAAAGUAACAUUAAGAUCAAUGAUGUUUCAAAAGACGACAGCGAUGCUGGCAAAAAAUCACUCAGCAGUUAUUCAAACAUUUAUAAAAUCAAUUUAUCCACCGAUUAUCCAGCUUUAUUCGUUUGGCUUGAUUUCAAGGUAGGAUCUGGAAUUGAUGGAGUCUUCUCAACUAAUGGAUUCAACAUGCUUGACUCAUCUAAAGAAGUAUUCUUUGGAACUAACAAACAAAUCUCGGUCGACGAUAUCAAAAACUUAUUGACUGUCACUCAUCUUAAAGAAAAUAUUAACUAAAUCAUGAUUUUAUCGUUUUAUGUGUUUAUCCACCAUAAAGUGAACGAAAAGAAUGAUAUUAGCAUCUUAAUUUUUGAAUAAAAUUCAUUUGAAAAGUUAA